AUGAAGAUUCUCUGUCUCCAUGGCGUCGGCAGCUCAGGCGCCAUUCUUGAAGCGCAGAUGGCAAAUUUGCGACGCGAACUAGAUCCCAGUUUUGAGCUCGUCUUUGUAGACGGUCCAUUCGAGUGCGACCGAGGGCCUGGUAUCACGGAAUACCAGACCGGCCCGUUUUUUUCUCAUACCCAGGGCUAUUCUCCCGUUGAAAUGGCACAAGCAUUCGAUUAUCUAGAAGAUAUUCUAGAAGAAGAAGGUCCCUUUGACGGCAUCUUCGGGUUCAGUCAGGGAGCAGCUUUAACGCUGUCUUAUUUCUACGAACGGCAGCUAGCAGCCACAGGCCCACUACCAGUCAAGUUUGCAUGUCUCUUCUCGACCGCUAUACCGUGUAGUGCAGAUGUGGGUAUGGGAGAUACCAUUAUAUCAAGGUUGCGCGCCCUGGAAUACGACAUCACGGAUCGAGCCAGGUGUAGAGACGAAGACCUGCUGACGAUAGCAGAGCAAGAAUUUGUUGAGUUGCUACAGAAGACAGUUGUCGACGCAGCUAUCCACGACCCGCGUUUCCCUUGGACUGAUAUGAAUGUAUAUCGGUACGGGGAGUACGGCGCUAUCCCUCGCGUCAUGUAUCCAUCAAUACUGGCACAAAAGAUUCAAAUACCAACUAUCCAUGUGUGGGGGCAGAACGACUUUGAGUAUAUGAUCAAAAUGGCCGAAUUGGCCCGCAGCAUAUGCGACGAGUCUAUGGUAAAAACAAUUUUACAUGGGGGAUUGCACGACAUUCCGAAAAAGCAACUGGAGAUCAAAGCUGUACUUCGAACAAUUGACUGGGCUAUGGCCCAGGCAUAG